GAAGAAGAAGAAGAACGCGUUCUAUUGCUGUUCAGUCUGCCGUUAGCCGUUAGGCAUCAAUAAUCGAGGCAUCAAAGGCUACCUUUGAGAAUGAUACAUUUUGUGAUCGUUCUGCUGUUACUCAAUCUUGUUGAGACACAGAGCGUUGAGAAUGCUACUGCGCAUAAAGGCAUCGUUGAUCCAGAAAAUGCUUCCCAGCAAGCCUCUGCAUCCAUUACAUCGGGGACUCCGUCUACCACAGAAAAGGUCAAAAAUUGUACUGCAGCUGCCAGUGACCCUUUGCUGACGUCGUCUAACAUAGACGAUGCCUUGAAGCCGAGGAGUCUCCGCGGUGGCAAGAAGAUGACGAACCGGAGUGCCACAUUGAAUCUACCUAUCUACAUGCGGCCGAGGCGUGCGAAUGUCCCACGAGGGUCUCAAAUUUUUUCCGUCAUUGCUUGCGUCGUGGUGGCCGUGAUCGCCGGUACGAUCGUGCUCGUGUUUGUUAUCCUGGUGGUCACGGCCUUCGUAAGUGCUUUCAAAGGCCCCUUCAAGGCCACCAGUGCCCGACUUCUGAAGCGACUCACUCGAAGACUGACGAGGAGCGGGGACGACACAACCGACCUCCUGCAGAGUAUGAGUCGCUCAGCGUCGGGUCCCAUGGAGCGAGCCGGUUGCAGCGGCGAGGGCCAACGGCGGGUAGUGCCCUACCCACGAAACGUCUUCGUUCCGUUUGAAAGCAUAGAUGUACGUGCGAGAAUAGUUUAGCAGUGUGCGACAAAAUCAACCGAACCGAAUAAACGAAUACUCAUCUUAUUGCACACAAAAGCUGCUCGUCUCGUUUC